AUGGACAUAAAUUGCAAAGUAAAACGGGGUCUCAGUUCCAUCGACCGUUUAUGUAAUUUUGCAGAAUUGUCGCGGAGCCCAACCACUAGCCCUCACGACACGACUGCUCUUAUCUCGAGUCCGAGGACGCGGACGAGGAAGGACAAGAGUAGCGAAGCGCGGUCGCGCCUCGUCGUCGUCCUCGAACUGGGUCGUCGUCGCUUUGAAAUUCAAAACAAGACCACGCCGAUACGCCGGUGCCAUCUCGGAUUUAAAGCCGGGGACUCGCCGUUAUCGCGCUUGUUAGACUCGGUGAAAUUAAAUCCGUUUAACGAGUCGGAAAUUCACCAUCUGGAAAAGAAGGACGGUAGAAAGGCGAGACAACAGAAAUAUCCCGAAAGACGGAAGACGAAGGUGAAGGGGGAAGAGUCGCGUGUCUUUAUAUCGAGGAAGGAACAAGAGGAUUAUUCCAUAAAGUAGGCGGAAGGAAGAAGAAACCGGAAAUUCAACGAAGUUCUAGCUUAGAGAGGAGGUUUUUCUCGAUGGCCACGACGACGUUGAGGCCAACGACGACGACGCCGAGACUGGAAACGACGCCGAGCGAGCCUUCCGGUACCUGAGAGAGAGAGAGAGAGAGAGAGAGAGAGAGAGAGAGAGAGAGAGAGAGAGAGUCUCAAUACUCAUCUCCUGAUUGCGGAACAACCGUUUAUCAGAACAACGGGAAUUCGCAAUAAUCGUAUCGGAUGUUUCAGCGUCUUCUAUGAAAGAGUUCCGAGGGGAGUUCCGUGCUCGACGUUUACUGAUUUUCUCGAACUGAGCGGUAUUCGUUUAGGAAGUAAAGGAAAAACAAAAGAAAGACAGGGAGUUAGAUAGGCAAUGACGUUUAUUACUAUGAAUUCUAGGAACGUAGAAAAAAAGAAAAAACAAAGAAUGAAAGCAA